GUGGCGAACACCAACAGGUGCCUGCCCCACAGGCUUCCCAGUACAAACACAUUCCGCCCUCUCGUCACUCCCAGCAUGCGCACCCAAUCAGGCCGUGGAUUCACCCACGGAGCCACGGCCACACAGACACCAAAGGGACAGGAGAGAGAGCUGAACAGUGUGUGCUGCUAAAGGUGCCAACCAGCUGCAAUCCAACUGAAGGUGUACCUGUAGCAAAGGGCUAGAAAGGGGUGUCUUUUUCGGGACGCUCCAUCUAGAUUCCAGGUGAAGGCGUCAAAGUGCCUAAAGGAAAGUGGGGCCUUUUGAUUGCACUUAAAAGUGUACAAUGUCAUGACUGUCAUGAUUGGACAAAUGAAGAUGAGGAUGAUCAUUCAUGCGAGGAUGAGCGCAUUAAUCAUCGUAUGCAGCUGCCUUUGUCUCACUUCUACUGGAGCCUCGGAAACCGAGCGGAGGCUCCAUCAGAAGCUGUUUAAGAACUACAACAUGAAAGUCCGACCGGCUCGUUACUGGGAGGAGAAGGUGAUGGUUCGAGUGGGGAUGACCCUCUCUCAGCUUGUCAGCUUGAACGAGAAGAACGAAGAAAUGACAACCAACGUGUUCAUGAAUCUGGCGUGGAUAGACUACAGGCUGGCGUGGAAUCCGGAAGAAUAUGACGACAUUGAAGUUUUGAGGAUUCCUCCCAACAAGGUGUGGCGUCCAGACAUCUACCUCAUAAACAAUAAUGACGGUCAGUUCGACGUGGCUCUGUACGUCAACGUCUUGGUUUACAGUGAUGGGACAGUCAACUGGCUUCCCCCAGCCAUCUACCGCAGCUCCUGCUCUAUAGAGGUGUCGUACUUCCCAUUUGACUGGCAGAACUGCAGCAUGGUUUUCCGCUCGUACACCUAUGACGCCUCUGAGGUGGAACUGCAGUACUUUCUGGAUGAAGUGGGCAACGAGAUCCAGGAGAUUGUUAUAGAUGAGAACGCUUUCACCGAAAACGGAGAAUGGGCCAUCUGUCACAAACCCUCCAGAAAGAACGUCAAGGAGGACCUUUACGAGGACAUCACCUUCUACCUCAUCAUAGAGAGGAAGCCUCUCUUCUACAUCAUCAACAUCAUCGUGCCCUGCAUCCUCACCAGCGUGUUGGCUAUAUUUGUCUUCUACCUGCCUCCUGGAGCAGGAGAGAAGAUGACUCUCUCCAUUUCCGUCCUCAUCGCUCUGACUGUCUUCAUGCUUCUGCUGGCUGACAAGGUCCCCGAGACCUCCCUCGGCAUUCCAAUUAUUGUCAACUACGUCUUGUUCACCAUGAUCCUGGUCACGUUCUCGGUCAUCCUAAGCGUAGUCGUCCUUAAUCUGCACCACCGAACGCCCAGCACACACAUCAUGCCCAACUGGGUUCGAAAGGUAUUCAUUCACUUCCUGCCCAAGUACAUCGGCAUGACAAGGCCAAACCCAGAGGAACCUCUGGUGAAGGAGGAGUCUAGUGAGGACUUGCCCAUCCAAAGCUUCAACGGCAGGCAGCCUGGAGGAGAGUACUUCAUUCGAAAGAUCAACCCUGAUCUCGUCUUACCUUGGAGAGGCAGGUGUGAGAGCACAGUGCAGCUCCAGCGGCUCCCAAACACUGACAGCUACUGUCUGGUCCUCCCUCCCAACCUGAAGUCAGCCAUCUCUGCAGUGACAUACAUGGCCGAGCAGCUGAAGAAGCAGGACACAGACGACACGAUGACAGGAGACUGGCAGUUCAUCGCCCUCGUGGUGGACCGCCUCUUCCUCUGGUUGUUUGUCAUCAUCACCACCCUGGGCACCCUGGCCAUGUUCUUGGACGCCAGUUUCAACUAUACGCCCGAGAACCCUUUCCCAUAGCAGACCGAACACACACACACUCGGAGUUUGAAGAAUUGCUUGGUCGUUAAUUCUUGUUAUUGGUGAUUUCGGAGAUCACCGGAUCUGACUUUCCAUAAAUACCUUAUUACCUAUUCCAUAUAUAUCUGUUCUCUGAAAUGUUUUAUUUAAGGUUAGGUAGCCGAUAGUCUCGCAUCGCCAGACCUAUCCCCACAGCGCUGUGGAGUAAGGUGUGGCUACACCACAGAUGCAUUCUGGGAUAGGAAAAAAAUAAAAAAACGCUCUGGGUUGUUUGCAUUUCAAUAAACCAAUCACAAUCGUCUUGGGCGUUGCUAAGCAUUGGUCGAAGAGACUGUGGCUCUGCAAAAUGGUCUCAGGAAGGAACUUGUUUAGGUGGAACAUUAGCACCCUGCAAAAGAAAACGCCACACGCUAAUAUCAAAUGAAGUUAACUGUUGACACAACAGAGUAACGUGAGCUAUUUAAAUUAGCCGGAUACAUGGUUAAACCUCAUCAGCUCUUACCAAUGUAUCGCAGUGGGUAUUUUGUCCAUAGCAAAUCCCACCAAUCGGUCCCUAAACGUCCCAUUUAGAGAGGAAAUGGCGUAGUCAUAUUCUUUUUAAAUCUUUACAAUCAUUCCCUGAAAGAACCAAGCAGGCCUGUCUUGUUGCACGAUCCAAUUUUUCUUCAAAACUUGCCAUUUUUAGCGUGUAGUUUGCUAGCUCGAAGUUUGUUGAGUUUUGACCUGCUGGAUGUUACGGAGAUUAUCCAGUAAAUGAUAUCCAGUCGUCGAUCCAGACUAGGUAGCAGAAGAAAACACGUCAUAUUUGCAUAAAGUAGAACCAUGUACACGUACAGUGCCUGAAUUGGACCAAAAAAAAAGUGCCAGUAUAAUUCAGCAGUUGCUUGACAUAACCAUGUGUCUUGGAUAUAUUUAUAUUCAUACGUAUAUCUUGUAGGGGUGACCCCAGAAUAGUCUAUUUUAUCUAAGGAGCCUGAUUUGACUGCCAAUCUCUCAGUCGAAUCGUCGCAGUGUGUAAAAAAAUAAAUAAAUGGGGUUAUGAAACAAAGCAUCAUUCCAUUCAGGCUAUAUGGGGGUGCUGGAUGUUUGAUUUUACAUAGAACUGCUUGGUUUCUUCCAAUAAAUCAUGAUGUGUUUGUGUAAAUAUAAGCCAUAGACCAGGGGCGUCAAACAUACAGCCCGUGGGCCAGAACGGGCCCGCUAAAGGAUCCAAUCAGGCCCACUGGAUGACUUUGCAAAGUGUGAUAAUUGAAAAGAAGUAAUUCAUUCCAAUUUUCCUUUCAUCUCAGAAAAUAUCCAGGUUCUUUUUCUGUAAAUGUACGACUUUAAUCUCAGAAAUUCGGAGUUCUUCUCUCGGAAUAUUACCCCUCUACGUUCAGUAACAUUUUUUUUCUUUCUACGGUGGCCUUAAACGCUGUCAGAAGCAAACAGAAUCUCUGUGGCCGAUAUUUUUGGAAUAUAUAUAUAUAUAUGUGUGUGUAUAGCCAUACAGCCUAUGAGAUAAGCCUAUCAAUAAUACUGUUGAUAUCAAAUAGAAAUAAGGGUACUUAUGUGGACAAAAAUCCGUUGCCGGUACUCCGUGCUGGGGAGUACUGGCCCAUUUCAGGCACUGAUGUACACACAACCUACAUGAUAAAAGAAUCCAUGUAUAGAUUUUUUUAGAAGGUACAUAUGUGGGAACACUCACUGGUUUUGCAUUCUUUUUUGUCUAAAUCAUGUAUUUAACACAUUGUGAUAUCCAUUAUUUGAGUCUAAAAGCUUGAAAUACAUUUUUCUCUAACGCGA